AUGACAGAGGUAAUUCUAAAGACAGCGGAGGAGUGGAGGCUCUGUGCGGAAGUAUUAGUGGAAAAUGUGAGACAAUCUACAGAGGGCAAGGGCACCUCUGAGGCCACGCACCUCACCCAUGAACUCAACACACGAAGCGGUCUCCGGCUACAUGCCUGCCAGGAGGAAUACAGCUGGCUCCAGACUCGAUAUCAUUUUGAAUUGCAGAAGGCUCUGGAGAUCUACCAAAACUCUACCGAAGUCCUGAUCCAAGCAACGAUGACUUUUCAGAUUUUCAGGAAUGAGUGCUACAAUGCCGUAAGAAUAGUUCUGAAGGGACUCAGAAAAGUGCCUGAGGAGCUCAACCGAUUUCGGGACCAGGCCGAACACUUGCUGGCUCUUCGUGAAGAGAGUAAUCAGUGCUUGUAGCAGAGAUUGGAGGAAUGCGCCAGGGAGAGGGUUACUGGGGAGUGUCAGCUGCAGGACAUCAUCGAGCAGUACGAGGAAAGACCACGAGUCUCUCCAGAGACACAACUGGAGAAUCAGCAGCAGCUACUUCGGCUGUAAUGGGAAUAUACAUUUCUUAUGACUAUUAUAGAGUAUUUCGUAAACACACAGAUCUCAAUGGAGUUAUUCAUUGCCAAUUCGGAAAAAGGAAUUCCACGCGCUGGCAUAAUUCCCAGCUAAAUGCUAAGACUCAGACUCAGACUUAUAGUAGAG